AGCAUGACAUGUGGGGGGAAAAAAAUCAUAUAAACUUUAUAUAUAUUACAUGAUAUUUCUCCAUGUAUGGGUGUGCUGUGAUGCAUGCUGGCCACCAUUAGCGAUCCACUUGGGGGAAGGGAUUCUCAGGCCGUGCAGCGUCUGACGUCAUGACGCUGGAGAGAGAGGAGGCGAUGAGAGGAGGAAGGUGCAAUAAACACACAGGGCGUCUGCGCCUAUCUAAGUAGGACAAUAAAGUGAAAACGGUAUCAAUGUACUAACAAUGGAUUUGGCAGAAAUGCUUCUUCUCAAAGUUUUACUCUUCGUGUACUUACUAAACAAUACCCAAGGUGAGUGAGGCGUUUUCAGUGGGAAUAUUUUAAGUUAUGUUGAAAUCAGGAAGCAGCGGCAGAAAAGCUGAUAGCCUCGUAGCUAACAGGAGGGAUCAGCAGUGGGGCCUGCUUGUUAUGAGAGGACUGCACCCUUUUUGCCUUUUUAGUUCAAGCUUAGAAAUCAUACUAAGCGGGAUAGCGGACUUGUAUUCGCGCAGUUCAUUGAAUUAAUCCGACAUUGCAGGGAUAUUUCUGUGUGCUGUCACCGUGUUUAUUGUAAGCGUUGGCUCGGUUUUGUUGUUAUCGUGCGAACACCGCCGACAGCCAUUGUUAUGAGGAGACGAGGAAGCCGACUGUUAACGAAGCGUUAGCUCUGUACUGGCUAACCGUUUAGCCGUUAAUAUAAGGCUUUUCCUCGAAAUUAUUACAGUUACUGUUUUCAGUGGUGUUAUCGACAACGCGUCAGUCUUUUCUGUGAAAAUGUCCCAAGUUUUCAGGUUUUCUAGAGCAUUUUUGUUUCUAUGGUUGCCUUGGUUAAUGCUGUGUCCAGUGCUAUUUCGCUACUCUGUUAUUUGACGCUGUGUAAGCAGUUCCGGCUCUGAAGUCUGUUAGAUUUAAGAAAAUAAUAGACAUUUUUCGAAGUUUUGGUAAUUUACAUAUUUUUAUUAAACCUCCUUUCAGGUUUUUUACUUGUGUUUUGUACCUCAGACAUUGUACAUCCGCUGUAUGUCGCAACCGGGUAUUUAAUUCUACGCCUAAACCCCAUAACGGGAUUAAAUUAGCCAUAUAGUACUCAAAUGGACGUCUACAGAAGACCCGGUCAUUUGGAGGUCUAUGUUUGUAUAUGGCGAUCACAGUCAUUUUAAUCCAGAGCUUUAACUUGUUUCAAACUGUCAGCAAAAGCAACUAGAACUUUUUCACACAAAUAAAACCGAUUUAACCUGAAAAUUACACAUAAAACAGUCAAUUUAGUGGUACUGUCCUGUGAUAUAUCAUUCCAGCAUAUUGCGUUCUUGUGUACACUUUUGGAUUAUCUGGUGUUGUCACAGGACAUACAAAUCUAUUUCUUAAUGCAUUGUUCAUUGUUUAUUGUUUGUUGUCCUUGAGAAAUUAAAUCUUUUCAGAACAGACAUAGCCUUUUCUCUCAUAGUCAAACCUCACUGAAAUAUUUAAUGUUAGCAUUUAAAUAUUUCAAGAUUCACAUGAACAGGAAACCCGGUCUGCUUAUCUAUGGGUGUUACAUUCUUGGGCUGAAUCUUGUAAUUUCUGGGUGACUAGUCAGUCACUAGUCAUGUGACUUAGUCAAAGAUGUAAUCCUACUGUGUGCUCAACACACUGUGUAAAUACCAAACCACAUUAACUUUCAGAGGGGCUUUAAAUGUCAUAUCAAAAUCACAAGGCCUGCUUUGAGUGUGAAGCAGUUGGUUAAAUGGGUGGAGGUGAUAGAGAAUCCUUUUUGUCCUAGGAACCCACCACCCACUCUUCUGGUGGCAAAAUGAUAAUGCUGUGACGCUGGGGGCUGUUGUUGAGCGCAGCUUCAGAACUGGCAUCCGUUUGACUUAAAUGGAUUUUGCUGAAUUUUAAAACACAGUCUGUACUGGUUUCCUGUCAGUUCCCAUUAAUCCUGCCUGUCACAUAUCUGCCAUGAUCAUCCAUUUUUUUGUGCGCCUGAAUAAUCCUUAAAAAUGUAUUAUGCCAAAGUUAUUUACACUCAAAAAACUUAGCUGUGGCACUCUGUUGUCACUUCUCAGAAUCAGAUUAAGAGGCUUUUGUGCUUCAGUUUAGCGGGUAUUUGCCGAGACUAAUGAAUGUUAUUUCAGAAGGGUGUAUGGAGUUUCACUUUUCAAGAAGUUGUAACAGGAGUUACUCUGUUUUUUUUCACACAGGGCACUAUAGGAAUCCCCUGGACAAGUACAUCCGUCACUAUGAAGGUCUGUCAUACGACACAGAGCUUGUGCACAGCAAGCACCAGAGGGCCAAGAGGGCGCUCUCUCAUGAGGACUCGUUCCUUCAUUUAGAUUUUCAUGCCCAUGGAAGGUUUGUCAAUUUUUUUUUCAUGUUCACAUUAAUCCAAAGGUAACCUUUACCUUGAUCUUUGUCUUUUCUGUGUCUUAUACUCUUGCUCUUUAUUUACGUGGCUGCUUACAUGUUUUCAAAGCUCUUACAACACAGAGAUCAGCAGUUUCAGAGAUUUGUGGAAUGAUUGAGAGUCAUUUACGUUUAAUCCAGCGUAAUAUACUCGUAGACCCGGUCAGGGGUAUCCCAAAUGCUCUCUCACAACAAAGGAUUUUAAAUCCUGCCCUUGGUUCCCUCUGUGAGUUUUCAAAUGGCGGGUCCACAAAAUCUAAAUGAUAAGCUUUUCUUUACUUCCUGCUUCACAGUUCAAAAUGAAUGUGUAUGGGAAUGUUGGUUUGAUGGCAACGGAUUGUAGGAUGAACAGCUUUGGUUUGGGAUUGUUGUAACUGGCAUUUUUCCGCCGCCUUUUUUCAGUCGCUCUGAUACCUGGGAUCAGUAUGAGUCAAAGUAUUGCCCAAAAUGCAACAUCAGAGAGUAAGCUCGUCUGUGUUCAGAAUCAGAUCUGAUGCCAUAAAAGGAACAAUAAAGGAACACUUUAUCUUAUCUUAUAAUAAAUUAGCCUCCCAAGAGUCACAGGUUUUAAGUGCAUUGUAUCUAUGACAAUAACAAACAACAAUAGUGUGGUGCUUGCUGAGAGCAGUGGUUCAUCAUAUGUAAUAAAACGUAAAACUUCAAGGAAAAAAUACUUUCAAACAUCUCUAUGAUAGGACUUGUGUAUAAAAAUAAUACAUUUUGAAUGUUAAUGUAUAUCUUCAGUGAAAAGUAUAAAAACCCUGAUGAUGGACCAUUCUAAAGUUAUUCUUGACUAAACACAAAACCUUUUUCAUGCACAUUUGUGGACCCACAUGUCUGAGUCUGAUCUCGCCCUGGUAUUCUCACACAUUUUAAUUUAAUAAAAAUACGCAAGAUUUUGCAAUUAGGAUGUUGAUGCACUAAGUCAUACAGUGGUUUUCAGUCUCGUUACAGCCCAAGUAAAGAUUUAUCUGUUAUCAGUUAUCUGACCCUGCAUAACUCUAGUGUUUUUGUACCCAGGAUACCCGUGCAGGAACCCCCUCCAAAUGUGAACGAUAGAUAGAUAGAUUCACACACACAUAGUCUUAAUCCCUAGUCCAUCCAGCAUUAUGAAGAGGUGAUGGUGCUUGAUAGAAAAUCUCUACACUCUUCAUGACAAAGUCAAGACCAUCUGGCUGGAAGCUUGGCAGAGGCUGUUUAUCAUCCUGCCUGUAGCAAGGCCUGCUGUUCCCAAACUCUGAUGUUGCUUUAAAGGGAAGAGAACAACACGAGCUGAGCAAACAAACACAAGGAAGGAAGAUGUCUAUUCUUUUGAAAAGCCAGAAUGUGUCUGCUGUUUUUUUUAAUUUCAUGACAAAGCCGGAGACAUCGCGCUAGUUCUUACGUUGAAUUUGCUGAACUCAAUCCACCUCCUGCUCACUGGCUUUGUGUAUGAGCAUGUUCUCAGAUAGAAUUUCAAUGUACCAAUCCCCAUAUUCUCCUGAGAUUGAGUCAAAACAGAAACCAACCGUGGCUCCUUAACUUUUGUGCACAUUCACAGUCAGAUUCAUGUGCCAUCUCAUCAAGUUUGACGGUAUUCCUCUAAUUAAAAUGUUCAAAGAUCUUUUCUAUUCUUCCAGUUAAUUAAACCGCUGUGAAUGACAAAGUGUAAAGUAGCUUCCACAUACACAUUACAAGCGUACAAUAAGAGCACUGUGUAGGUGUCACAUGAAACCAAGGUUGAACUGUAACAUCUUUGUUUCCCUGCCAUAUGUUUACUCAACACAAAACAGCAUUGUUCCAAGAUGUCCUGAUUUUCUGUUCCCUCCCUUGCUAGAUAAAGACUGCAGCUCCACUCGUGCAACUGAAACAAUUGUGAUGUUUUCCCUCUGCCAGACUAUGUCCUUUCUGUCCUUUUCAUUUCUAUUUUCUCAAACGCUGGGUGUACAUCGCUUAGCAUCCAAAGUAAAGUAAAUUCAUAUCCACGCCCAAAUCUACAGGCACAAACUCUGUGGCAUGAAUAAAAUCAGCAGACAGUUUGGGGACAUCAAAAUAAACAACACUCUCAACAGAGACAACACUGUAAACCACAGUGUGUAACAUGAGCCUCAUAUUAUUUUCUUAGACUUGAUUCCAGUAUUGAACUUAAGCCACAAGUAGACACUGAUUGUAAACACAGUGGUCAACACACUUAGUGAUAUUUUUGAUGUUGUUAAUGCAGCAAAUUCACUCCGACAUGAUUAUAUUAGAGUUUUUAAAGUAUAAUGCUCUGAACCAACUAUUUCAUAUUGAAGGAUUUAAAAUUAUAACUCAUUGUCAGCUAUACUUGAUGUUUAUAUUUGAUGACUUGAGCAGGUGUUAACACUGUAUUGUGAUAACUCUGAAAAUGUGUUAUUUUGAGAUGUCUGGAAAACUGACUCUUGUCUGAUCAAGCAUGAUCUAUUUAUUUUUAUAGAAUAUGUUAAACAUUUGUAAACACAUAUGUUCAGUUUGAAUAUUCAAAUUUGAAAAUGAUGAAUGCUUGAUUAUCUCUAUUAUUCGAGUGUAGCUGCAUAAUAAACUGCCCCAAAAUUAGCUUUUCUAUCUCUGCCAUGGUCAUCUGACAAGCAUUUAUUUCCCUAGCUACUUUAGUGACCAGUCCCGCUCCAUCUUGUUUGAUUGGCUGACUGGCGCCGCAACGCUGGCACCUUGGCAAAUGGCAUAGGCUGGCAGCUGCUGCAGCCAGUGAUGCACUUAAUAUACACUCUUUGAGUGAGUGCCCUUAAAAAACCACCCCUGGAUGCGGUGGUUUCUUUCUUUAUGCUUAAGAACUGCUUAUCAUGCCCUCUCCUCCUCAGGAGUAGCUCUACAAACAACUGAACAGGCUCAUGUAGCUAGCAAGCUAAUGCCCAAACCGUAAUUAUGUUAUGACAGAAAAUAUUUCUGGUUCUGAAAUCAUGGCUUUUUUUUUUAACUGCAGCAUACAUUGAAGCUUGUAAUUGGCCCGUGCCAAACUACAGAGUGGGUGCCAGACAUAAUUCAAGGCGGGGAGGGGGAAAUAACUAUGCGCGCUUUAGUGCGCCAACCUUUUGAAAUAAACAUCAAACAUAUUUCAACAUUUAAAUAACCAUGAAACCCAAGCAAUAAUCUAAAGAUAGUUGUACCUUUUAAACAGCUGGAGGUGGCGAGUGUUGGCACUGAACCUCCUAAGGACAGUGUCCCUCCACUCCGUAGUACAUCUGCAGGUCAAGUCUCUUUCAAAGGCACUGUUGUAACAUAAGUUGGUUAGGAUGGCAUUUGUCAUUUGGCGGGUGAUGGGUAGUUUUGCUAGCAGGUGCCUCUUAGCUUGCCACAGGAAAUAGUGCUUGCUCUGCAGCUGCUUCGUGGUUUCACCCACUUGGGUUGAUGUAGCUGAAUGAGACCUUGGCACACCACCUUUCAGCCAUUUUCUAAUAGCUAUCUCUCCGCAAUUUUUGCAGCCUUUCACAAGUCUCUCACCGAAAUGUACGCCAAAAACGGUCAACACUUAUUUUCCACUGAGCGUAACACAAUGCAAUGACAGUGAAUGAAAUCAAACCAAAUCAGCAGGUCUGGACGUCUGCAAAUACGAUCAACAUGAUUUUCUUUUUCUUUUUAUUCCUUAAAAAUGUUUGUAAAUAUUACAAAAAAAGAAUUCUAUAAAUAUAAUAAUAAAAAGUUUGUCCCAGGGCUCCCCCUGUAGAGUCGGAGGAGUGGAGUCAGGGGGCACAGUAGGUCAGCAGAGGUAGGGGGGGGGGUGGCCUGUGAUUGCCCCCUCCCCACACACAUGCACACACACGCACACACACACACGAUACCUAACCAUGGUGCUUUGCUCCCACAGACCUUGUUAAGAGUAUUAUGGGUUAGAGUAUUAUGCUUUCGAGGCACAGAGCAUGAUUUCUCCGAUGGAUUACCGAUCAACUUAAUGCUCUGUGGAAAAAAGUCUUGUAGGCCUAUAUCUAUUUACUUUUAUAAACAUAGCUCUGUUACUGAUAUUUAUGCGAUAGAUCCAUAUCCACCCAGUCCUAGAAGUGCAUGUAUGUCAAUGUAAAAGUCUAUUGGUGAUCUGUGUCAUCUGCCCUACUGGUCUUUUUUCCUCCUGCUGAUGGUUUCAUCUUUUUUUCUUUCAUUUAAGGCAAUUUAAUUUACGAAUGAAGAGGGAUACCAAGUUGUUUUCCCAGGAUUUUAAGGUGGAGGUGUCAGGACAAGAGAUUCCAUAUGAUACCUCUCAUAUCUACACUGGAGAAAUUUAUGGUGAGAUGGUCCCUCCUGUUCUAGCGUAGAUUUUAACCAUAAGUAGAUGAUCCAAAGCAGAUUGUAACCAUGACAUGUGACUAUCUAAUCAUGAGGGAAUCUUCUCUCACAAUCUUAGGGGAGAAAGGCACACUCACUCAUGGUGCCAUUGUGGAUGGUAAAUUCGAGGGCUUCAUUCAAAGCUACCACGGCACCUACUAUGUGGAGCCUGCUGAGAGAUACCUUGGAGAUAAAGACGUGCCCUUUCAUUCAGUCAUCUAUCACGAAGACGACAUACGUGAGUCCCCCGCAGCUUUGGCUUCACCUACACUUUGGCAAAUCAUUGUCUUGUUAUCACAGUGUAUGUGUAAUUGGAUGCAGGUAUAUGUUAAUGUGUGAUCAAGACAGUGCAAGGACAAGGCAGCUGAGCGUGUUCAGGCAGGUUGGUGUGAUUGCCCUCCAGGGAGCAGAGACACCCGCGAUGCUCAUUAGCCGAGUUACACGAUCUUUCUCCUGGGCUACCAGCUCAUUUUAUCAGUCUUUAUAAUGUUGCACUGUGCCUACUUCACUACGCUGGCAUCCCUUAAUUUGAAAUCAUCUGUUUACAUAUAGCACAUGGCUGAGAGGCAAAUUAAACACAAAUGUGAGACGAAUUCUUAAUAAGAACGACAAAAUAGUAGCAGCUCACAUUGCAAAGCUAGGCUCAAGUGAUCUGUAAGUACAUCCUUCAGCUGAUCAUGAAUAGUGCCAGAAAUAGAGUGACUCAGGGGGUUAAGCAGCUAUCAUUGUCUUUCAUAAUCCUGACAGUGUUGUGUCUGCUUUUCUCACACAGAGUACCCGCACAAGUACGGCCCAGAGGGAGGCUGUGCCGAUAGCUCAGUGUUUGAAAGGAUGAAGAAGUACCAAGCCUCUGCCACUGAGGAACCACCCAAGGUAAGCCCAUCCACAUACCACAGGAAAACCCCUACAGUGUCUGUUAAAGAGUUUGUUGUUAAGUCGAGGUCCUGAGUCCAGGUGGAUGGACAGAGUCAUUUUAGUUUUGCAGUUUUAAGUGAGCCCCAUGAAUAGAGUCCAUUGCCCUUGUUGCUGGUUUGACUCCUGACUCUUCCUAACACUAUUCCUGGUAGAAAGGCAGAAAUGGGACAAAAAAUGGUCCAGAAGUCAAAGCACCUCACGUUAAGAAGCUAUAGUUCCUGUCUUGGCAGUCGCAAUGUCAAUUUUGCUGCAUGUCUUCUCCCACUCUCCCCUCCCCAGAUAUCCCAUCUCCCUUCAUCUGUCUCAUCUUAAAAAGGCAGAGAUGCCCCAAGGUAGUUUAUCUGGAGGCUGGAGUUACUGCAUACAUAAAGAAAAUGAAGGUGGUGGAGUAUGGCAUCGCAAAGUUUGGCCCGCUCCAAAUGAGAUGGAUAUGAAUUUUUAAACACUGAUCGAUAGUCAAACAACUGGAUUCAAGAAAUUUUUGGUUUGACUGAAGAAAAAAUACAAAUCCUUAGAACACACGAGGAUGUAUUUUUAAAUGAGUUUAUUUCUAUAAUUUUUUUAAACAAGCCUGUCCUUUAACUGAACAGUUUGUGUCGGUUCUUUUAAAUGACGUUUCCCUUCCAUCAUCUUCAUGUACUGUCCAUACACAGCACAUGUUUUCCACUCGCACGGUAGCUUAAACUCAGCUGCCUAAAAAUACCAGGCAUGAUUUAUUCAGCCACCUUUGAUAGAAAAUGCUAUAUAUGUUUUAUUUAACCAUCUAUUUCCUCCUCUCUAACCCUGGUGCUACACACAGCCGGAGCUCCACGCUGAGACAGCCUCUAAUGAUCCUGUGCUGCUGAGGAAGAAGAGGAUGGCCCAGGCAGAGAAAAACACCUGCCAGCUUUUUAUACAGACAGACCAUCUCUUCUUCAAGUACUACAAGACCAGAGAGGCUGUCAUCGCUCAGGUAACACACGCUCACUUACUCACCUGAUGCAUCCUGCUGUGCUGCUUUAAGGAUUAGAUUUACACAGCAAGUAGGUAGGAUUUGAGUCUGAUGGUGGAGAGGUAUAUUUUUAACCAACGGUAACAUUCAACGGUGUUAAGGCUUACGCUGUAUAAAAGGUGUAAUAAUUGCACCACCAGUGAGUUGUGAGUCAUGACACAUAUGAAAAUAUCUCAUCGUCAGGGUUGUGAAGUUGUUAUGUUGUAAUGCCUGUGUUACACUUGGAAGUUUAAAACUUGUAGCUUGGGACUACAGACAAAAAUGGCAACAAGCAGUAAAUCCUCUCAAGUUGUUUGAAUGGGAGUGUAGGACAACUCUUAAACCGUUGACUCAUUAAUCUCUUCUCACUCAAUCUACAGAGAGUUUGACGAAGACAGCAGUAUGUUGUUAGCUCAGCCUCAAAAUGUCUAAAUAUUUGAAAGCACUGCAAGGCUCAAUUUUCUCACGAUGCAUUGGUGAUUCUUUAAGUUCAUCAUGUUGGAUAUAAAAAACCUCUCUAAACAUUCGACAACACAGUAAUAAGACAUAUUCAGUACAUAUAAUGAGUAACAAGGGAAUUUGGACAUUUUGAAUUUUGUGUUUCAGGAACUAGUGAUGUUCAGUUUUUUCACCAAGAGUUUGUCAGAUGAGAUAAAACAUCUAAUCGUCUUUAAAAGUGAUGGGAGUAUUUCUAUCUUGUGGUCAUCACUAUGCCGCCUGUUCCUAAUGUUUCUAGUAUUUGUACUAAACAUAACUGAGAGUGGUUGGCAGUAACUUCAUGUGUAUUCUGUUUACAUCAGAUUAAUAGCUGUGUUGUCAUGUGAAUCUUUGCUAGAGGGCCUUCAGGUUUAUUUCUCAGCAGCUUGAAAAAAGUAAUUACUGUUAAGUUUGGCGUAUACAAUGUUCUUUGAAGUGUUACAGUACAUUACUCCGAAUAUGGCACUAUGCACAGACAAGAGCAUCAUGAUCACCAGAGCAGCUACCAUCAUCAUCACCCCCUGCACACAAUUUUACAGCAGUGAAAAUCUGCUAUUCUUUCAUGUAAACUUGAUAUGAGACAAGCGUACAUCAGAGGUGGGUGUUGUGAGAGUCUGUGUGAAUUGGUUGCAGGCAGUGGGUCUGUUCUUCACAGUAAGCAAAGUUACCCCAAACUACUGCACUGGUUGCUCACAGGUAUGCUAAUUCAAAGUGAUGAAAGCAGAUGGUACCAAAAAGAGCAAGACAGCUGCAAAGAAACUACAGGCUGCAGACUAUUGCUGACAGCAUCAGAAAUCAUCACGCAGAAUGCCGGUCUAAACCUUACACCCUCUGGAAGACACUUAAAAACAGCCUGUGUCUUGUGAACUGGUUCAUCAAAUGCUUGGAGUUUUACAGUACUGCACAUAAAAUACAGUAUAAUACAAGUGCACUGUAUUAGGAUUAUAAUAGCACACAGUGUGGAGUGGGUGCUGGAGUGGGAGUGAGCAUUUGACAUUUUGGGGUUAAAGGUCUUUUCUUUUGUCUCUCUCUUUCAGAUCUCCAGUCAUGUCAAGGCCAUUGAUGCCAUUUACCAGGGCACAGACUUCAUGGGCAUUCGCAACAUCAGUUUUAUGGUGAAAAGGAUCAGGGUGAGUGUUGAAAUGUUAUCUCAAGUUUCAAUUCUUGGUUUGGUUUUUUUUCCCCCCGUUUUAAACUCACCCUCUGCAUCUGGUGUAGAUCAACACCACAAAUGACGAGAGGGACCGGUCCAACCCAUUCCGCUUUGCCAAUAUUGGAGUGGAGAAGUUCCUCGAGCUGAACUCGGAGCAGAACCAUGAUGACUACUGUUUAGCUUAUGUUUUCACUGACAGAGACUUUGAUGAUGGAGUGUUGGGUCUUGCCUGGGUCGGAGCCCCUUCAGGUACUAAAAGACAGUCUGUGUAUCUGCUUAGGCCAACAACUGCAAAUAUCAGUCCUCUUUACAGCAACAUUUAAAAGCUUGUUUUGACAUCCUCUGUAUUAUGAUGUGGGCAGUUUCUCUGUAGUUUUAGACAUUUAGAUUAUGGCUUAUCAUGAGCCUUUGUAUUAACUUUCUAAGAAGGUAAUAUUUUCUUGUCUACACAGUGAAUUGCAGCUACUGACAACCAACAUCCAACCACUUUGCACAAGCUGGUUAAUUCACUCUUAUCAACUCAGACAAUAUGUAAAUGAGAUGAUUCUCAAAGAUUCUGUCACUGAUUUAGUCAACUGGAAAUAGCGACAUGCUUAACUUCUACGAACUGGAAUUCUUGGAAUGAAGGUUUAACAGGAAACAAUGCUGCCCUGAGGUCUCUUAGCAGACCGCAUGACUGGGAAUGACAAUGAGACUCAUUCCAGUUGUAACUUGUUCUUUUUCAAAGUAAGGUGUGUCCGGUGGACUUAAAUGUUCUUUUUAUUAGUCAUGAGGUGAAGGAAAAUUUCUCUCUUUCAUGAGCAAAUGGUCGUCACGUGUUGAAACUGUGAUUUUGAAUCAGGUUUCCUCUCAUUUCAGGGAGCUCCGGAGGCAUCUGUGAAAAAAGCAAGCUGUACUCCGACGGAAAGAAGAAAUCUCUCAACACUGGAAUCAUCACCGUACAGAACUACGCCUCCCACGUGCCUCCUAAAGUCUCCCAUAUCACUUUUGCACAUGAAGUAGGACACAACUUUGGCUCCCCGGUGAGUUCCUUAGACGUGACACAUUUGAUGCACAGUGAGGUGGAGCUUUUUUAAGGCUCUUAAACUUUGUCCUUUCUUCUUGUAAAACUGUGAUUUCUCUCUUUCUCUGGCGCUCUCGCAGCAUGACUCUGGAGCUGAGUGCACCCCCGGGGAAGCCAAGAGCCAAGACAAGAAGGAGAAGGGCAAUUAUAUCAUGUAUGCAAGAGCUACAUCCGGAGACAAGCUCAACAACAACAAGUUUUCUAGCUGCAGCGUGCGUAACAUCAGUCAGGUGCUGGAGAAAAAGAGGAGCAACUGUUUUGUCGGUAUGUGUUUGUAAGAUUUAUCAAUUCCUACCCCUGUCUUCCUCUGAUUCGCAUCCAUGUGAAACUUGAACCCUUGUGCCAUGUUUAAUUAUCUAUUUCAGAGAUGCUUCAAAAUAUUUUCUGUUUCGCACUUAAGAAAAGUAAUCUAGGCAGUAGUCCAGUGAUAUUUUUACUUCAACUGUUUGGCACACAGUUGAAUUCUGCUGUCAGACUUAAUCCAAAUAUCAAACCAUAAUAAAAGAGUGAGUCUGUCUGAUUACUGAUGUUUUAGGCUCUCACAUGUUGAGUUUCCUUCCCCCUUCACAUCAGUAUUUGUUCACUUUGACUCCUUGAGUGUGUGAGAAAUCAGACCUUUUGCCAGAAAACUGUCACUUUACAAAAAACCAAAGUAUGAAACAACAUUUUCUAAAGACUCCUGAGCCAGAUUCUAUGUUUAUUUCACAGAGUCUGGCCAGCCCAUCUGCGGUAACGGCUUGGUAGAGCCAGGAGAGGAAUGUGACUGUGGCUACAGCGAUCAGUGUAGAGAUCAAUGCUGCUAUGACGCCAACCAGGAAGGCAACAAGUGCAAGUUAAAGCCGAACAAAGUUUGCAGGUAGAUGGACAUAUCUUUGUAUUUUUGUAUUUCCCUGAUCAUUCCAUUAAGAAUAUGUUCCUGAUCGUUCUGAUAACCAUUUACUCAAUCCCAUCAGUCCAAGCCAGGGUCCUUGUUGUACCGCUGAGUGCACGCACAAGGGCCGUAACGAGAAGUGCAGGGAGGAUUCAGAGUGCGCUCACCAGGGCAUGUGUAACGGAGUGAGCGCACAGUGCCCAGCAUCUGAGCCCAAGGCCAACUUCACCGCCUGCCACGGAGAGACUCAAGUCUGCCUCAACGGAGUAAGUGUGUAAAGACUUCACACCUGGAGGAACUGGUUGUUAUAGCAGCUUUAUAUUCAUAGCAACCGGUGUCUGAUCUGGCUUGUCCUCAUGCUCCUCCCCCGCAGGGCUGCUCCGGCUCCAUCUGUGAGAAGUAUGGACUCGAGGCAUGUACAUGUGCCAGCCAAGAUGGCAAGGACGAGACUGAGCUGUGCCACGUUUGCUGCAUGGAGAAGAGUGAGUCAUUUACCUUUCCUUCUCUACAUUGAUAAAUAAUUUCUUUGUCAUUUACUCAUUCUGAUUUUUGUCUCAACAGUGAAUCCCAACACAUGCAGCAGCACAGGGUCAGAGCGUCUCGCCCGUUUCUUCAAUAAGAAGGUGACCACGCUGCCAGCCGGUUCGCCCUGCAACGACUUCAAGGGUUACUGUGAUGUGUUCAUGAAGUGCCGUCUGGUCGAUGCAGAUGGACCGCUGGCUCGGCUGAAGAAGGCCAUCUUUAACCCGGAGCUCUACGAGAACAUAGCAGAGUGGAUUGUGGUAAGUAUUCACAUAUUUUAAAUCCUAAAUGCUCAUUUUUGUAAAUUGCCUGGAGAUGAUUUUUCUGGCACACAGGGGCAAACCGUGCUGUGUGCAUUUGUGUAUGUAGACCUCCUGAUGGGUGAAUAUUUAUAUGAAACAACAUGUUGAUGGUGGAGCUUCUUUACAUCACUGUUACAGAUUCACAACAGAUAAAAGGUUUUAGAUUCAGCUUGAUUUGUGUUUGAUCCUGUCCUCCAGGCUCAUUGGUGGGCAGUGUUGCUGAUGGGAAUCGCUCUCAUCAUGCUCAUGGCCGGCUUUAUCAAGAUCUGCAGCGUGCACACUCCGAGCAGUAACCCCAAACUUCCCCCUCCCAAACCACUUCCAGGUGAGUCCAGAGAUUUACAAAGAAAAUAAAUUAUACUAGAUUUUUUUUUUCUUUUAAAGAUGAACUUUUAUUAGAUUACACAGGUGUUACUGUCAAAGGUAACACCUCUUUGAGGGUGUUGGUGAAGGUAAGAUAUCUGAGCUGUUGGAUCUGUUCAGUCACACGUGUAGUUUGAAAAGAUAUUUACAUUCCUCUCUGAACGUUCACACAGGAAGGCAGAUAUUCAGGUAUCUUAUCAGUUCUUCAUCUCAACACUGACAUUGCUGUAGCUGGUGUUUUAAACUGUCUUUAGCUGACAUUACGCCUGCAAUGAUUCGAUUAGAAUAUAUUUACAGAGGUUAAACAUUGUCUAAAUGUAAGUGGCCGUAUCACUUCUUCACUGUCCACUCACUUGAGCUGUCCCAGGUUGCAGUGAAACAUUUUCAUUUCUUUGGUUAACGAUCAGAGCAGGUAGUUCUAGAGUCAAGGACUAAAAAUGAUGCGGUUUGAGGAGUUUGUGACCUCCAGUAGUUUACCCAUUUAGGUUAGAAAACACUUGAGGGAAUACCAUCUUCUGGGUCUCGCCCAUCGUGUCAUGAGUUUCUUGACUUUGUUGAAGUGCCAGCUCCUUGGUCAAAGCUUGCCCUUGUGUUUUCUGCAAGUUGAUGUCAUGUGUCUACCUACAAUUGCUGCACUUUCAUCUUAUCUUUCUCUAAACCCCCCGAUUGAUGCUUUGGAAUCUGACACAGACUGCUACACACUGUCACACUGUGAGAGAUGACUCUAAUAAAGCUGCUUGCGGAGUGUCACUCGGCGUAAUUUAGUUUGGAGUAAACUCACAAUCUGUCUUUUAACAAGCUUAAUUAACCGCCUUCUCCCCGACAGGCACUUUGAAGAGACGGCGAGCGCAGCAGCACGCUAGCUCCCAGGUGCAGCACCAGUCUCAGCACCCGCACUCCCACCAGCACGGAGGACACGGUGGGCACGGAGGGCACGGCGGCCAGCGGCAAGCUCAAAGGCAGCCUCAGCGGCAGGCGCAGCCUCAGAGGCACCACCGCCAGCCCCGAGAGAACUAUCAGAUGGGCCAGAUGAGACGCUGAGACCAUGCAUCCCAGCCCCCUCCCUCCAAUGCCUUGGCUCCUCCUUGUGCCUACAGUGGGAAACAAAAGCGUCACUCCAUCCAAAGAAAAGCCUGACAUGGUUGUUAGUUAUCUUCAUAUCAUCCUUCAUUGACAGAAAAAACAGACACAAGAAAAAGAGAAAAAACUAUCUAGCAACUCGAUUGGCUCUUUGUGGAGUGGACUUGACCAUCAGCCAUUUCCAAAUGCAGUGUGAUCUAGCAUCUUUUCCAACUCUUCUUUUUUUCUUUUUAAGGAGUGCCAAGGAGUUAAGGAAUCAUUUGUAGCUUUAGUAGAUUCUGUGAUGUGUUUUUUUUUUUUUUUCCUUUUUUUUUUUUUUUGAAUUUGUUUUAUCGCUAUGUCUUCUUUGAGUGACACGCCCGUGGCUGCUGGUGAAUCUUUCCGUGCUUUUUUUUUUUUUUUUCUUUCUUUCUUUUUGCCAUUCUAGCCAGAAAUGAGAGAAACUCUGUGGGGAUUUGCGGCACUUUUGGGGAUUCACACAUGUCAAAUGGCAAAAGACACAGACUCCAGUCUCUCGUGCAGAUAGUCCUCUGCAUGUGACUGUACAUAUUUAGUGUAUCAUAAGUGAAAACAAACUAUUUCUUCUACUGUAAAUGUGUUAUUCUUCACUUUUUUUCUUUGACUUUUUUUUUUGGUUAGUGCUCUCAGGACUCUUAACACAUUAUUGAAAGACUGAUGGUCGUGAUGAGUUCCUUGGACGACAACGUUGAGGAUUUGACGCCAUCGAGUGCUCUUUGCAGUCGUCCAAUCAGGUGGAUCUCUGUCACUAUUGUUAGUUUGCUAGAUAACAGAAUAUGAAGAUCACCAUAUCCCACUUUCAGGCCUUCUUUGUUCAAGAUUUCUUUUUCAUCUUUUUUUUAUUGUCUUUCUAACAUGUUCACUCAUGUUGUGUAACAAGCUAGAUGAUGGAAAGAGUCAUGGGAACAGAGAGGAAUGGUUAUUAGGGAUGCACUGAAAUGGAAAUCCUUGGCCAGAACCAGAAAUGAGGAAACCAAGGCCGAAAACCGAACUGGAGGGGUCGUAGACGCCGAUUGGCAGCCACAUUACCUGUGACUAUUGAAGUAGUUUACAACUACUGUGUGAGCAAAUGACUGAUGUAUCCUAUGUAACACGUUUUGAGGGUUAGUGAUGAAAUGCUAUAUAAAAUUGGAUUUUAUUCAGAAUGGUGAUCGGGAUGUGUGGUGAUUAAUUGAACCCAAUGCUUUGCAGAUGCACCCCCCUCUUGAACCUUUAGCAUUACACGCUAUGUAAAUCGCUAUUCCUGGUUCUCAUAUAUAGAAAUGUUGGCCCCUGCGGUUUUGGCUUGUGUCAUCAACACAUCUGUUUCAGACGUGUUUCGGUGAUGAAAGUCUUUCGACCAAAAAACGAAAAUGCAAUUUCCGGUGGCCAAAUUCUCGGUGCAUCCCUAAUUUUUACCUAGUUUGGUGCAUCUUUUAAUUGUCUUAAUUGGUUUUGUUUUUGAAAACGAAGAAUGAAUAACCACUAACUGGAGCUGAUAAAUGAUGAGUCUACCUGUUUCUAAUAAGAAGACAAGAGAUGUUGAAGGCUGCUGUGGCUUAGUUUAGAGGUGAGAGUCUAUCCUGUUGCAGAGUUAGUUUACAUGAGUGUUGAAAUCAAUUUAAAAAUGUGUGGAUGUACAAAAAAUUGUAUGAUUAAAUCAUUCUAUUAUUCUUCAGAUAGCGAAUCUAAGAACUUUUCAAUGUGGGCAUGCAGACACAUUUAUUAAAUGUGACUAUUAAUUGACCAAGGUCUGUAAUAUUUGUAUGUCACUCAACACUAGUUACUUUGACAGCUGUUAAUGUUUGUCUUAAUGCAAGUGGGAGGGGCAGUGCAUCGCAGCAGUGUUGUCACAGUAUUCACAUAUUCCUCGAUGUUCACAGUCUUCACAGGAUACAAGCUGCUGGUGUUCGAUUUAUUUUUGAAAACUUACUCGCAGUUGUGUCCUGGUCAGAUUCACCUUUCCCUUGAGAGUUUGCAUCGGUAUGCCAGAAAGCUUUCUACAGUUUUUAUGUAACACAGGGUGCUCUUCCCUGUAGAGCAACUGAAGCCACUUACAAAAAAAGAAAAAGUGAGAAAGAGACGUGAUGGUUGAUUUUUGGUGGGAUUGUUUGACCUUAGGUGCCCCCCCUCACUCUUCCUCACUGCAGCAUAGCAUAAAGGGCACUUUUGGGAGUGAUACUAGGAUAACAUCAACAGAAAAGAUUAAAAUUUUGUCAUGAUGUCCCAGGAUUUGUUUACCAUGCAGACUUAUUGCGCACAAAUAGGAUUACAGGAGUGGGCGUAAAGUUUGGCGCAGGCAUAAAAAAAAAAACUCGGGCAUUUUGCAUUAAAUAUUGAAAGAAAGAUGUAUUUUUCCUGUCUGCGUGCUCUGGUUUAAUUUAGUCCUGGUAAUUCUUUUCUGAAUGCAUGCAAUACUAAUCACGACUACUAUCUUACAACGCUACCCUGAUGGUUGUUGCAGUCACGCGUUCACUGGAGGGGACUUAAAAGAAAAGGGUCUCACAGUCAACAGUUUAUUUCACAUGGCAGAUGAAUCAGGUAGGUCGGUGGUUGCUAAAACUUGUCUGUACAAAAAGGAGCUCUUUUUGAAAUUUCAUCUUCUGGGCCAAAUCACAAGCAUUAAUGCCUGGAGAAUUUACAUGUAAACUUGUACAGUACUGAAAAUUUGCAUUUCAUUUGAAAAUGAAAAAUUACAUUUUGAUACAUCUGUUCCAUUUUUGUAUUCUAAUUCCAGAGUAAGUUGUUCAAAGAUGUUCAUAUGUGACAAACUUUCCUUUCUGCUAAGUUAUUUCUGUUCUUCUAUGUGCUAGUUGAAAUGGAGUUUGCUUAUACUUUUCUCCACCAUCGUCUAUGAUAAAAACAAUUCAGGGUGAUGGAGUUAGUGUUACAUUCUCAUUUUUUUGUCUUCGUUAUCCUGUGGCAUGGUUUGGGUAGAAGAGCAGAAGAAUAAUGCCUGUAAAUUUUACUUUCUUUUUAAUUUCGUAGUCUUGGUAAAAAAGAAAAAAAAAAAGUUUUUAGAUCAGCGUGCACUGAAAAUGUCCAAAUUGAGUUGAAAUGUUGUAGGUGAUGUAGGCCGAAAGAACACAAGGUUAAAAAGUAAUACUACUGUCUGAUUUUAAUGUUCACUGUGUUUUAUACAGUAUCGGAAAUUUUUGUUCACUUUGAACAUUUUUACUAAAAAAAAAAACAGAUUUCAAAUUGUAUUGUGCAAAGAGAUGUAAUUUUUGGAGUACUUGAAAUGCAUUAAUUAAAAGACUCGUUCAAAAUAAAAUAGACCCCUGUUUACUGUCUGAACUGUGUGCUCUCUUUUGGAUUUUUUGACCUGCAGUCGAAGAGCUGUGGAUAUAUUUCAAAGAGUCACUCCUCACCUUUUUUAUAUGUAAACCAGUUUACUAGUCACGUGGUACCACUCAGCCUGUGAAAACAGGUAUAUGUUCUCUAGGGGACACCAUGAUUAUUUAAUUGGAAACCUCAAAUGUAGAAAGAGAGCAUGGGGAGAUGGAACAAAAGAGGUGCUAACAUAGAGCCCUGAGGAACUCCACAGAUAAAAGGGACUGAGGAAGAAAAAAUAUUUCACAUCAAAAUCUUGUUUUUGAGGUACGUCUUAAACAGAUUUGACACUGUUGAGACCGAUCUACUAUACUGGCCUUCUAGUCAUGCCAUUUGACCACUUAAAGAGCUGUUUCAGUCUAAAGCUUUAGGCCUCAAAACAGCUGAAACAAGUUUUCAGCAGCUAAAAAGGCAAACCAAAUCAUAAAGAACCUGACUGGUGAAGAGCCAAUUUGUGCUUGAGUGUCUUGUCUCUUCUGUGCUUUGUUUCUCUAAAUUAGAUUGAAAUGCUUCAAAUUUUUUAACAGACUGCAUGCAUUCCAAAUUGAUGUUAAGUUUUCAAGAUGUGUUGGACCAGCAUGAACAGUCUAAAAAUGUUAAACUUACUCGUAUCCCGUCUACGUUAGCGUCCCUUCGAUAGCUCAGUUGGUAGAGCGGAGGACUGUAGUGGCAUCAAGCUGAAAUCCUUAGGUCACUGAGAGUCAUAACCCUAGGGUUAGGGCAAGGGUUAGGGCUAGGGUUGGGGCUAAGGUUAGGGUAAGGGUUUGGCCAGGGUUAGGGUUGGGGCUAGGGUUAGGGUUGAGGCUAGGGUUGGGGCUAGGGUAAGGGUUGGAGCUAGGGCUAGGGUUGGGGUUGAGGCUAGGGUUGGGGUUGGGCCAGGGUUAGGGUUUGGGUUAGUGUUGAGGUUAGAGUUAGGGCUAGGGGUUAGGUUUAGGGUAACCCUAACUUCUAACUGCUAAACCAAACCCUAACCCUUACAGUAAUCCCUCACCCUUACCGUUAAUGUUCACAUGAACCAGUUCACUAGAGGAAGGCAGCACUCACAACCACGACCUUUUCAAGGUUUAUCUACUAGCUACUUUUCUUAUACAUCAGGGAAGUUCAAUGAGAUAGCAGAGUUUGUUUUCUUAAGCUAAAGGGAUCAUUUUCUCAAAUAAAAAAAUGAAUAUGCUGAUCACUGUGGUGGGCCAGACCACAACAUACCAUGCAGGCAUUGCUUACACUAAUAAAGUAGGUUAAAGCUCCUGUGAAGAGUUUUUUUUACAUAUAUAAAAUCACUCAAAAUCACAUUGUUGCCUUUUUAUGACAUCUAAAAGCAAACAAGAUUAUAAGCAACAAGAUGACUGCUCUUAUGUUCUAAUAUUUAAUGCCUGAAACCGAUACGAGCGGGUUGGUGUGAGCCAAAUAGAUUCUGCUAUUUCCUAAAUGUUAACAGAAAAUAUUCACAAUAAAUGAAACAUUUUACUGUCAAAAGUCAACAGGAUGAACUUUUGGUCAGAGGGCAGUAUUUAAAAAAUAUGUAAAAGACAAUUUAAAGCUGACAAACUAAAAGUUCUUCACAGGAGCUUUAUGUUUAUUACAGUUGAAUUUGUGCUUUUGCAACUCUAGUGAUACAAGUUAUGAAAAUUUGACUUUAUGUCGAGAUCUAUAGGUGAUAAGCGCUUUUCAGGAAAUUGAAGAACUGAAUGUAGUAGAGGGGCUGCCACAGCAGAGGGAGCAGCUGCUUUGUGAGGUGUCUGUAUAAGAGAUUUCAGAGUGACCAACAUCAGCUCCUCAUUCACUGAGCUUUUACCUAAUGAUGGCCAUUUCCCCAUCAUGACUGCGUCUGAUGAUGUAAUAACCACAGAAAAAAUGUACGAUGUAUCUGAGGAGCACGCUUUUGCACAUGCAAUGGAAUGUGGCCUGCUAUUGAUUUUCAAUAUAGAUCCUCAGCUGCACUCACUGGCUGUGACAUGAAUGAGCACAGUCAGCCAAGAGACAAGAGAUCAGGCUCAAUAUUUCCCACAUAGUACAGGAGGGGAAGUAGAAUAUUAGCGCUGCUGCAGAGCGUUUUACCACACUUUUCCUCUGGCUGAUGUCACUCUGCUUCUGAAACAAUGCCCCAACAGAGAGGACUAGGAUACUGACCCCGCUCCACAUUUAGAGAUACAUCUCUGUGCAAGGAGCUGACAUCAGAGAUGAUAAGUGAGGAGUACCUUUUGUCUCCCUGUGCAGUGACAGAGCAGGAUUGUAAAAGUGGCAGACGGGCCGAGGGGCGGCAAACACAUCCCACCAAUGAGCAGCUGACUCUGACAGCGACUAACAAAGAAUAAAAACACAGCAGUGAACAAAACCCCGGCUUAUUAUCAGGCAUCAGAGGGUGUUGUAGAUUUCAAGGACUUUCUGUCAGUUAGUUUAUGUGGAUUAAACCUGAUGGAGGACAUGAAAAUAACUCACAGUAUGCCUGCAGCAUCAAGGAUUCCCUUUGUUACUGAAGAAUCUUGAUUUUUCUCAUCUUCAAUCCAAAAAAAUCCAAAGGGAGCAGAGUGACACCGCUUCACGAUGCCACAGAAACCUCUGGAAACAUUUCUCAUAUUGAACUAUUUUGGUGUGUCCUUGUGAUUUUACAGAGACGCAGACAGAAAUAUCCACAGAUAAAUUAUGGACCUUGUUCAUGUUGAUCCUUUUGGGUUUUUUCUCCCUUUCUGAUCAACCUGAAUCAGCAACAGCAACCAGCACAGCAGCAGUGUCAUCCUCAAUCGUUCAAAGCCCUUGCGACCUUUAGGUGAGAGAAGUGAAGGGAUAUACUCACAUGCACUUGCACAUGUCUCAUUAUUGAGUGACAGUCAGUCUAUGCUAAAUGAUUUUUUCUCUCUGAGCUCCAUGACUGCAAUCAUGCGAUGUACACAUGACACUAACUGACAGAAACAAUAGUGCAAUAUGAUCUUUGACCCUCAGGAUGGUGUUGAACCCCAGCUCUGUUUUAUGCUCCACUACAUGCCUUGGCUGCUCCAGCUUCUCUGGUGUUUUCUCCUCAGGUGUUAGUGGACCUUAGUUCAUAUAAAGGCUGAAGCGUGGGGCUGUUAUGAAGCUAAUAUCAGUUUUUGAGUUUGUCUGCUGUUAUUGAUGUUAUUAUUCCCACCCUUUACAUCCUCGUCAUAAUUGUAAAUGCUACUAUCUCAUUUACAUCUUCUGUGUACAUGAAGCUGUACUGUUUAUACAGAGAACCCAAAUCAGAAGGCGUGUUUAUUCAGUGAGGACUGGAAAUGUAGGGCAGCCUGACAUUUCCUGACCACGCCAACAAAAAAACAACAUAUUCCUCUGCCAGGUAUUCCAUAUUUCCUGUUUACAUUCAGGCUGCAAUUGAAGGACACAUUUCACACCCUCAUCCUGCAGUGAGUUUAGUCUCGCAUUUAGAUUUACAUAGAUAAACAAACUGGGACUAUAUAAGGAAAUCUGGAAACCAUUUGAUAGCUAUAUUAAGAAUGGAAAUAUUGAAGGGCUUGCUGACAGCUCCAUGUUUUCUGCCUCUCUUCCACUGUCCUAUAUUGGGCAACUUGGCCCAAUUCACACUUUUUCUUGAUACUGCUUUUGCAUUUUCACACUUACAUUUCAGAAACUUAAUUAGCUUACCUCCAGCUUGCAGUGGCAAAUGAAAAAGAAAAUGGGUCUUACUGCUAAAACAAUAUGCCAUGAAAUCAAUAUUCAUAGAAAUUUUUAAUACAGACAAAACAACACCCAGUUAAAUACAAAUAAUAAUGCACAGGAGGUUUCAAAAAAAGAGAAAAUUCUUAUAAGUUGAAACAAAAAAAAGUAAUAUUCACAUAUCGCUAAAGGAAAGAGAACAAACUUUAAAGGAGCAUGUUAAACUAUGAGUUUAGUACGACUGUUACCACAGGAACACAGAGGGAAGAGGUUCAUGACUAUAGUACAGUAUUUACAUGGUUUAUGUAGAAAGUUUGAACAAUGCGUAGCACAGCAGACUGAGGUUUUCAUGUGUUGAUGGAACAUAAAGCAUACAGAGUUAAUUUUAAAGAUGAUGAGUUCAGAUCCAGUGAAACUUGUUGCUUGGUUUGUAUUUUAACUACAGAUCAUACGUAACGUAGCAACAGUUUUCCUGUCUCAUAAAUAAAUCUAAGUUGAUUUUGUGUUUUGACCUGUGAGUGGUGUAAAGUUGCCAUCACUAACCCUAAAUCUGGUCUCUGAAGUGAUCAAAGACCUCGUUACAGAUGGACGUGUCUCGCUUUGCUUGUAAAAACACUGAAAACUGUCCUGGAGGUAAAUGUCUUUUUUUUUUAACUCAUGGUGAUCAUCUCAUAUUUAUCCUUCAGACUGCUGUCGUCAUCAUCCUCUUCUUCCUCCUCCUCCUCCUCCUCUUCCUCCACAUGGGGCUUCUCAGGCUCGGCGUGGGGUUGGUGGCGAUUGUGGUGCAGUUCGAUGAGCAGGUAGUAGAUGACGGCUGCCAGCACGCCGCCCACCAUGGGCCCCGCCACAGGGAUCCACCACCAGUAGUCUCCGGUG